AUGCCGCCCAAGAAGAAAGCGCGUGCGUCUCCCGAACCGCAGGCGGCCAAAACACCGACACCGACAUCCACGGCCGCUUCUCCCGACGAAGCAGCGCUCAAUGACCCCUGGACAGACGACGAGGAGAUUGGCCUGUUCAAGGGCUUGAUGAGAUGGAAGCCGACCGGUACGCCGUGAAGACGCGCGAUCGACACACGCAUCGCUGAUGGAGCUGCCAGGCUGAUGACCUGCAGGAAUUCAUAAACACUUCCGACUCAUGUGUCUCCACGCAUGGCUACUGGAGAACAAUCAUAUACAUCCUCGAAAUGAGCACACGAAGCCAGCCGGGAUCUGGCGGAAACUGAGCCAGAUGUACGAUCUACCCGCACUGGACGCGAGGGAAGACGCGCGACAGCUUUCUCCACUGAGGACGGGCGGAGAGCAAGACGAGAUGGACGAGGACAAAGGCAAUGCACUCGAUGACGACAUCUACAGUGUCGCGGCAAACAAGAUCGGUACUGACGAAUUUGAACUGCCGCCGGAUAAUGGCUUUGAAGAGGAGAUGUGGGAGAGGAGGCUUCCGAAGAAGCCAGACGAGGAGAUCGAUGCGGAGCUUGUCGAGAUCAACAUGGCAGCGGAAGCCCCCAUACGCUUCACUCCUAGCUUCAGUAUUGAGCCAAGUGAAGCGGCAACGCCUUCAUCAAAGGCCGUGAAGUCGAAGAGGGGCAAGGGUGGUCGUGCGGGUGUUGCCACAGCUCCGAGGAGGAGUACGCGGAAGACGGAAAGUGUAGCAGACAAAGAAGAAGAGAACGACGAAGAAGACCGAGAUGGCGAGGAAGAGAAGGAAGAGGAUGGAGAGGACGAGGACGAGGAAGAAAGCGGAGAAGAAGAGGAAGAAGCUUCUCAGGCUAGUACGCCUGGACCAAAGGGAAAGAGGACUUCCAAAGCUACGACAAGAAGCAAGACGGCCAGCAAAUCCAAAGGUCGAAGUCGAAAGGGAAGGUAA